CCCUAUUUUUUAAUUUUUCUAUUAAUGCAGGAUUUGCUGUACAUUUUGUGUGCACCAUAGACAGAGAGAAAGAGAGAGUGAGAGAAUGAGUGCAAAGAAAGGAGAUGAAGCUGUUCUUCCUUUGUUUGACACAAGAGCAGCAAGAGGUGGAGCAGUCCAUAAACUCUUCUGUUUGACAAUACUAUGUGGGAUAGUCUUGAUAUGGUCAUACAGAUUGAUUCACAUUCCAAGAGCUGGACAACCUGGAAAACAUGCUUGGGCUGCUAUGUUCUUUGCUGAGGUCUUGUUUGGUCUGUAUUGGAUCAUCACUCAGUCUGGCCGAUGGCGUGUCGUCUAUCGCUAUCCAUUCAAAGAUAGGCUCUCUACCAGAUAUGAGGAGAAGAAGUUGCCGGGAGUUGACGUUUUUGUCUGCACAGCAGAUCCUAUAUUGGAGCCACCAUUGCUGGUUAUAAGCACUGUAUUGUCGGUCAUGGCGUACAAUUAUCCUUCCGAAAAGAUCAGCGUUUACUUAUCCGAUGAUGGGGGUUCGGAGCUAACGUUCUAUGCUCUCUUUGAGGCCUCUAGAUUUUCAAAGUAUUGGAUACCCUUCUGCAAGAAAUACAAUGUGGAGCCGAGGUCCCCUGAAGUGUAUUUUUCUUGUCAGAACACCAGCGUAGAUGAAUCCGGUUUCGUCCUAGAUUGGACUAGUGUCAAGGAACGGUAUGAAGAUAUGAAAAGCCGAAUAGAUUCAGCAGCAGGAAAGGGCUGCAUUCCUGAAGACAUCAGGGAUCAACACAAAGGUUUCUCAGAGUGGAAUUCUAAGGUCACAAAGCAGGAUCAUCACUCGAUCGUUCAGAUUCUGAUAGAUGGACGGAAUCCUGAGGCAAUUGAUAUUGAGGGAAACAGGUUGCCGACACUGGUGUACUUGUCCCGAGAAAAGAGACCUGGAUGGCCUCAUAACUUCAAGGCUGGAUCAAUGAAUUCAUUGAUAAGAGUGUCAGCAGAAAUCAGCAAUGCGCCAAUCAUUCUCAAUGUGGACUGUGAUAUGUACUCAAACGAUGGGGACGCAAUACGGGAUGCUCUGUGCUUCUUUCUAGACGAAAAGCAAGGGCAACAGAUAUCCUACGUGCAAUAUCCUCAGAACUAUAAUAACACCGUCAAGAAUGAUGUUUAUGCAAAUCUAAACCUAGCAACUAAUCAAAUUGAGCUUUGUGGUUUGGAUGGUUUUGGCGGAGCUCUAUACGUCGGUACUGGAUGUUUUCACAGGAGGGAAAGCCUAUCUGGAAAGAAGUACUCUGGUAGUCAUAAAAUUGAAUGCCACAGUGUCAUAGACAACAAAGAGGGCAGAUCUGUUAAAGAAUUGGAGGAAGCCUCAAGGACUUUAGCAAACUGUAGCUAUGAGAAGGGCACUCAAUGGGGAAAGGAGAUGGGCCUGGUUUACGGAUGUCCGGUGGAGGACAUAGUCACAGGAUUAGCAAUCCAGUGCAGGGGAUGGAAACCUGUUUAUUACAAUCCAAGCAAGUACGCCUUUCAGGGUGUCUGUCCGACAACCUUAGACAUAUCGCUUAUUCAGUACAAGAGAUGGUCUGAGGGCAUGUUUCAGGUAUUCUUUUCCAAGUACUGCCCCUUCAUCUACGGCCAUCGAAAAAUAAGCUUAGGUGCCCAGAUGGGAUACAGUAUCUACCUUCUCUGGGCUCCGGUUUCGCUCCCCACUCUUUGCUACGUUGUCGUUCCUGCUCUUUCUUUGCUCCGCGACAUUCCCUUAUUCCCUCAGGUGUCCAGCUUAUGGUUCAUACCUUUCGCAUAUGUCUUUGCUGCAAAAACAGCUUACACCCUGGUUGAAGACCUAGUAAUCGGUAAUACAUUGAGGGGAUGGUGGAACUUGCAAAGAAUGGUUCUGAUCAGACGAACGACUGCCUAUUUCUUUGCCUUCAUAGACACCAUCAUCACGCAAUUAGGCCUCUCCCAGACAGCAUUUGCAGUCACAGCAAAAGUAGUGGACGACGAAGCACGGAAGAGGUACAGGAAGGGACUAAUCGAUUUUGGGAGCUCUUCUAUCAUGUUAGUGAUCAUCGCAACGGUUGCAUUGCUGAACCUCUUCAGCUUAGGAUGGGGAAUCAAGAAAGCUCUCUUUUCAGCACCGCAGACGCUUGAGAAGUUGGUAGCUCAAUUGACUAUUUGUGGGAUAAUAGCUAUGCUGAAUUUGCCAGUGUAUGAAGGCCUCUUCUUCCGAAGCGACAAGGGUAGCAUACCGUCCUCAGUUACUUUUGAAAUUGGGAUGCAGAUGAGGCUUUCAGUGACAGCGCUAGCUGUGAUAGUAGUCUUAAGCAGCUUUGGAGGGGCUUUUGGUAUUAGAUUUGUGAUAGAUAGAGAGGAGUGCUUCUCCCACAAGGUGGAAUAUGGCAACACCGUCCAUUUCUCUUUUGUGGUGAUUAAGUCUGAAGGGUCAUGGCAUUACAGUGACGAUGGUGUUGACCUUGUGGUGAAGGGACCAAAUGGUGAACAGAUCCAUGAUAUUCGUGACAAGACAAGUGACAAGCACGAGUUUGUGGCCUACCAACAAGGAGUUUACCGGUUUUGUUUCACUAAUAAGUCCCCCUAUCACGAAACUUUAGACUUUGAUGUUCAUGCUGGCCAUUUCUUAUAUCAUGAUGAGCAUGCUAAAGAUGAGCAUUUUAAACCUCUUUUUGAGCAUAUUGGGAAAUUAGAGGAAGCUUUAUACAAUAUUCAGUUCGAGCAACAUUGGCUGGAGGCUCAGACUGAUCGUCAGGCGAUAGUGAACGAGAAAAUGAGCAGAGGAGCAAUUCACAAGGCAUUAUUUGAAUCGGCUGCUCUGAUUUUGGCAAGCGGCUUGCAAGUCUACAUUUUGCGCCGUUUAUUUGAGAGAAAGCUAGGAGCAUCUAGAGUUUAGUGUUUUUGUUGAAGUCCUCAUUACCUGAAAGAUGAACCUUGAUACAAUCACAUAUGUGCAUGUAUCUUUGAUACAGUUAGCUUCUCUUGUCUUUUUCUCUUUUGAUAAUUAUAUUAUAAAUCCUUUUUAAGAAAUCAGUUAUGUUGCUUUUUUCUUUUUAAGUUUAAUUUCUGGGUAUAAAAAGGUUAGUUGUAUGUAUAGCGAGCAUUUUCUUGGA